GGGCCGGAGCGGAGCAGCGCGAUGGGGCCGGGCCGGGCGCUGGGGCUGGGGCUGCUGCUGGGGGUCUUCUGCGGGGGGGCGAGCGGGCUCCACUCCCUGCGCUACUUUGACGUCGCGGUGUCGGAGCCCAGCCCGGGGGUGCCCGAGUUUGUGUCUGUGGGGUACGUGGAUGGGAUCCUCAUCGCACGGUAUGACAGCAAGACAAGGAGGGUGACACCUGGGGCAGACUGGAUGGAGGCCAACCUGGACCAGGAGUACUGGGACAGGAACACCCAGACCUGCCGGAACAACCAGCAGAUUAACCGUGUGGACCUGGAGACACUGCGGAGCCGCUACAACCAGAGUGGGAGAGCUCACACGGUGCAGAGGAUGUACGGCUGUGACCUCCUGGAGGAUGGGACCAUCAGGGGGUAUCGGCAGGACGCCUAUGAUGGGCAGGACUUCAUCUCCUUCGACCUGGACACGAUGACGUUCAUCGCGGCGGAUGCGGCAGCACAAAUCACCAAGAGGAAGUGGGAGGAGGACGGGGCUGAAGCUGAACGAUGGAAGAACUACCUGGAGACGAUCUGCAUUGAGUGGCUGAGGAGAUACGUGAGCUUUGCUGGGCGGGCUGUGCUGGAGAGGAAAGAGCCCCCCACGGUCCGAGUGUCGGGGAAGGAGGCCCACGGGGUCCUGACCUUGUCCUGCCGCGCUUACGGCUUCUACCCGCGGCCCAUCAGCAUCAGCUGGCUGAAGGAGGGCGAGGUCAGGGACCAGGAGACCGAGUGGGGCAGCGUGGCGCCCAACGGCGACGGCACCUUCUACUCCUGGGCCUCCAUCGAGGCCCGCCCGGAGGAGCAGGACAAGUACCGGUGCCGCGUGGAACACGCCAGCCUGGCCCAGCCCGGCCUCUACGCGUGGGAGCCACAGUCCAACCUGUUGACCAUCGUGCUGGCGGUGGCCGGUGCCAUCCUGGUUGUUGUGGCCAUGGGGGCCGGAUUUGCCCUCUGGAAGUGCAAGUCAGGGCUGACGGGCUACAGGGCAGCGGCAGGCUCGGACAGGGGGUCUGGUAGCUCAAACGAGGGCUCUGAGAGGGCGUCCAAAGAGAUCCUCGCCUGAUGGCUCCAGGAGGGGCUGGAUGUGUCCCCUGCCCUCCCACCUCCUGGAUGCAGAGAGGAGCUGGAGGAGCCUGGGAGCUGCCUGCAGAGAGACCUUGUCCCACCACACCCACCCCUGCUGUGGUGUUGGUUCUUCUGCCUCCCUAUUUUCCACUGCAUUUAAAAUUGUCCCCUGCAAUUAUCACAGAUAUUUUAAUUUUGAGGUUGUCAUUGAUUUCUUCUACCAGUGCACGUUUCCUGGUGCUACACUGACCACAGUGUCACCCCGAGGGAGUGGCUGGAUCCAGGGGUUGUGAGAUAUUUUCUAUCUUGUUCCUCCUCUCUCUCUUUCUUUUUCUCUGUUUCUAACCUUAGUCCUGGCCCAUCAGGGUAACAUCAUUUCUAAUUUUGCCAAGUUCUGCCAGUUGCAACCUGCUGCUUUGAGAGUGAUGCCGUGGUGAGAGAUUUUUGACAAGCUUUAUGAUCUUACUCGGUUUUAAGUAAAGUUGUGUUUGUUUGAA